GCUGCACACAUAAUGCCCAGCCGUAUGGGUAAAAUCGAAGCCGAUGUAUUCUUCGCCUUCUUCAUUACACAAAUGUUGUGGUAUGUGGUGAUAAUCUUGUUAAUCGUCGAAGGUAGCAGCAAAACCAUAAGGGAAAGUAAUAAAACUGCAGCUAUUGUGCAUAAAAUGCUAAAUAUAUCUGAUGAAUCGGCAGUGCAUGAUCGGCUGUUGCGUCUGUCGUUGCAGUUAUCGCAUCGACGUGUUGCGUUUACAGCCGCUGGACUCUUUAAUUUGAAUCGUACAUUGAUAUUUACGAUUUGUGGUGCUGCCACUUGCUACCUCAUAAUCCUAAUACAAUUUCGCUAUAAUCCAGCACAUUGGGAUCGAUUGAACCCGUCACCAGGUUCAGCUUUAGCUUCAGGAUAA